AUGAAGUGGCUGCUGCUGCUCGCGCUGGUGGCGCUCUCCGAGUGCCUCAUCUACAAGGUUCCCCUCGUCAGAAAGAAGUCUCUGCGGACUAACCUGAGGGAGAAUGGCCUCCUGAAUGACUACCUGAAGAACCACCAGCUGAACCCCGCCAGCAAGUACUUCCCCAAGGCGGCCGACAUGAUGGCCACCCAGCCCCUGGAGAACUACAUGGACGUGGAGUACUUCGGCACCAUUGGCAUCGGAACACCCCCUCAGGAGUUCACCGUCAUCUUUGACACCGGCUCCUCCAACCUGUGGGUGCCCUCCGUCUACUGCUCCAGCCCUGCCUGCUCCAACCACAACCGCUUCAACCCUCAGAAGUCCUCCACCUACCAGGGCACCAGCCAGACGCUGUCCGUGGCCUAUGGCACCGGCAGCAUGACUGGCAUCCUCGGGUACGACACGGUCCAGGUUGCAGGCAUCGCCGACACCAACCAGAUCUUCGGCCUGAGCAAGACGGAGCCCGGCUCCUUCCUGUACUAUGCGCCCUUCGAUGGCAUCCUGGGCCUGGCCUACCCCAGCAUCGCCUCCUCAGGGGCCACACCUGUCUUUGACAACAUGUGGAACCAGGGGCUGAUUUCCCAAGACCUCUUCUCCGUCUACCUGAGCCCCAAUGGCCAGAGUGGCAGCGUGGUGAUGUUCGGGGGCAUCGAUUCUUCCUACUACACCGGAACCCUCAACUGGGUGCCUCUGUCCUCCGAGACGUACUGGCAGAUCACCGUGGACAGCAUCACCAUGAAUGGAGAGGCCAUCGCCUGCAGUGAGGGCUGCCAGGCCAUUGUCGACACAGGCACCUCUCUGCUGUCUGGCCCAACCAAAGCCAUAGCCAACAUCCAGAGCUCCAUCGGCGCCCACCAGAAUUCCUACGGCGAGAUGGUGGUCAGCUGCGCAGCCAUCAACACCCUGCCCAACAUUGUCUUCACCAUCAACGGAGUCCAGUACCCCCUGCCGCCAAGCGCCUACGUCCUGCAGAGCCAGCAGGGCUGCACCAGCGGCUUCCAGGGCAUGGACAUCCCCACGGACAGCGGGGAGCUCUGGAUCCUGGGCGACGUGUUCAUCCGCCAGUACUUCGCCGUCUUCGACCGGGGCAACAACCGCGUCGGCCUGGCUCCCGUGGCCUGA